UUAAAGUUGGUCAGUAAGCUAGUAGGUUCCUGCCAGUGACAUUGUACGCUCGUAUUAAAAAAAAACCACCACAACGUGACAUGUCGGAGUUAUGCCGGCGUCAUAGAAUUAAAAAAGUAAAAUAUGCGCCUUGGUCACUUUGAGAAUUGAUAAAAAAAAAUUGCAUCUGUCAAAAAUGACAGCGCGCGAGUGCUUGCCAAAGUUGAGUGAUGUGAAAAUGUUUUUUGUGUUUUUAUUAAUUGUCUUGGACUGUUUGUUUGUUGCCGGCCAGGAGUAUGAGAGAGAUGCAAGAAAACUGUUCGGCGGCUACCGGAUAACACCAUCAUACUGCAAGGCGAGCAGAGCAGCGAAAUACAACAGAGGAAACACGAUAUGUAUGUUCAAUCACGAAUGCGCAAAACGGGGCGGCGAAGUAGUCGGAUCGUGCAUGGAUGGCUUCUUAUUCGGAGCGUGCUGCCAACUGAAAUCCGACAGCCAAUCUCACAUACCAAAAGGCCCAGGGGUAGUCAUGACAAGCUACUUGGAUUAUCCAGAUGCUGAGUCAGAAACUGAUGAUUACGAUGGUGAGCAACUUAGCGCGUGGCAUGACAGCUUCAAACCCGUAGUAACGCCAGGCUACAGACCCACAGUCGCUACAUCAACCAUGAAAGCCGAACAGGACUUGAGCACAGAAACACAGAUGAUAUCGGAAGGCUUCAAUCAAAUAACUAACUCUUUAUUAAGCACACCGCCGAAAGAUAACUAUAUUUAUAUUAAACCGAAGCCUGAUAACGUGUAUUCGCAUAGUACAAUUAAUCAUGGUGGUGCUGAUACUAUCUUGUUACAUACAAAUGGAAGCGCAGUAGAGGAUAUAGCAAGACCGUCAGAUUUUAAUAUACAAAUAUCGUCUAUGCAAACAAAAUCAACACCUUCACCAAUAUCAACGUCACCAUCUACAUCCUCUAUAGCUGCAUCGACGCAUCGUCCACUUUUCAAACCGAAACCAAAUAAGAAUGGCUCUAGCACAGAAAACUACGUAAUGGUAUCCACUGUUACCAAAGAAACAGAAAACUCACAAGAAUUGUCGUCAUUCGAUAGUAUAAUUCAAAUGUUAAACGGAAGCACACCAAGUAUGAAAGAUGAUGUUAGUUCACCUUCAUCAUUAGAUGUUAUGGAGACGAAAUCAUCUCCAAUACCUACAACAGCGUUACCUAUUUCAUACAGUAGUGGUUAUCCCGAUUACUAUUUAUCUACUGGCCACUACGUAACAUUAAAACCAAAUUUCAAUGCAAGCAAAAAACCCAUCUCCGGUACCUCCAAGAAACCAUAUACAAAGAAACCUUCGUAUACAACUCCGAAUAGUAUUUCUCAAGACGAGAAACUAUCUAGCAAUUCUAAACCUAGUCAAUCAACUAGUCAAGCAAUCGAAGCUUUUAACAACUAUCCCACAGAUCCAAGUGAGUUUGGACAAACUGUUACUACCUUUAGCUAUGUUAGUUCAACAACAACUAAGCGCACUACGACGUCUAGAAAACCACCGUCGACUAGCUACGUCACUGGAUCCAAUCCUCUAAGACGACCAGUCACACCACCUACAAACAAUGAUUACAAUCCAUCAGAUACCUUCUCUAGUGUAACACCAACAGUAAUAGUACUCAAUAGCUUACAAACAGAAAAGCCAACCACAACGUCAGAAGAAACACAAUUCGUUGAAAUAUCACAAGAACCGUUUAAGAAACCAGUCAGCCAAAUCACAGUUAAUAAUCAUAUAGAAUCAACGAACAAUAUAUACAUGGGAAAACCUCCGAGUUUCGAAAGACCAUCAUCACCCACUGUUGUUAUAACACCGAAGCCAUCUCCAACUACAACCCCAUAUCCAGUGCGAACCAGUUCAAAACCAAGUCCUUCCACUGCUAAUUAUGAAUUCUACGCUGAAACUACAACCUACAAACAAGAAUUACAAACAUCACCCGAUGAUUUAAUAAACUUCCCACCAGUUAGGAACCCAAUGCUAAACGCAACAGGUUCAAAUCCAUCUGUUUUCAACACAUCAAUAUCUAUGGCUGAUAAUGAUUUAGACAUCCUACAUGACGUAGAUUUCACGACACCCUCUUGGCAAGAAGACGAGAAAUUAAACGAGAAAAUGAAUUUAUUCGUGAACAAAAUCGUUGGAAGUCUUCAAGGUACCUUCCAAGAGCUACACGAUAUUGUAAUUUUGGAUAAGAAGCCGAAUAUAACUAAAACCACGCCGAAACCGCCAAGACGUACUGUUCCUACACGAAGAACAACAACUACUACUACAACAAAGAAGCCGAUUAGGUUAACAACUACUAGAAAACCGCCAAGAACAACUAAAAAACCGGUAAAAUUGACUACGUUGGCUAGACGGCCAACUACCACAUCGCCUCCACCGACCACUACCACCACUCCUAUAACAACAACAAAAAAAGCGGUGACCACGACCAAACGCCCCAGACCCACGAAGCGAGUCACUACAACCACGGCUGCUGCUACCACCGUCACGGAAUUGGCUGAUGACGUCACCACGGAGCUAUAUUCUGAUCAAAGCAUCGAUUAUAAUGAUAAGAAUUUAUGCGGAGUGCGUCCUCUAGUGAAAUCCGGUCGUAUAGUGGGAGGCAAGAACGCAAGAUUCGGCGAGUGGCCCUGGCAGGUCCUCGUCCGGGAGUCCACUUGGCUUGGACUGUUUACUAAGAACAAGUGUGGAGGUGUGCUGAUCACUAAUCGAUAUGUGACUACUGCUGCGCAUUGUCAGCCUGGUUUCCUAGCCUCCCUAGUAGCUGUUUUCGGUGAGAACGACAUAUCUGGUGACGUGGAACCUCGCAGACCAGUUGCCAAAAACGUGAGGCGUGUUAUAGUACAUCGGCAGUAUGAUGCUGCGACGUUUGAGAAUGAUCUGGCCUUGUUGGAAUUGGAGUCGCCUGUGAAGUUUGAUGCUCAUAUAGUGCCAAUCUGCAUGCCGCAAGAUGAUGCGGACUUCACUGGUCGAGUCGCGACCGUCACAGGCUGGGGCCGACUGAAGUACGGUGGCGGAGUGCCUGCUGUGUUACAGGAGGUUCAGGUGCCAGUAAUAGAAAACAGUGCGUGUCAAGAGAUGUUCCACACCGCGGGACACACAAAGAAAAUAUUGAACUCUUUCAUUUGCGCUGGAUACGCGAACGGACAGAAGGAUUCUUGUGAGGGCGACAGCGGCGGACCACUAGUGUUACAACGGGACGAUGGUCGCUGGCAGCUUGUAGGUACAGUGUCACAUGGCAUCAAAUGUGCAGCACCUUUCUUACCUGGCGUGUAUAUGAGAACCACGUUCUAUAAACCGUGGUUGAGGACCAUUACUGGGGUUAAAUAAGCAAAAAAUGACAAAAAAUUCACAAAAAAUGGCAAAAAAUUGGUCUGAUUGGGGAAAGUGGAAUAAUUUUGUCAAAAUGUAAAAACAUGCGGUUAGAUUGGGGUGAAAAGUGUAAAAAUUGACAAAAACUGGUGUAAAUUUAGUAAUAGUUUAAAUUAAAGAAAAAAGUACGUGAAAAUGUUAAGAUUACUGUUAAAAAAUAGCCCCCAAUUUUUAUUUGUUGAUUAAUUUACUUGUUGACCUAAAAUCGGUGUGAAACAAAAAAAAAUGUGAAAUCUUUAAUCUCAUUAAUUAGAUUGUUUUAUCAAAAUAUUUAACUCCUAUCGAUAGCUAUU